AUGAGAGAACCCGUCAGAGAAAGCAAGCAGGGCAUGACUGAAACCCUGUGUUUCCUGAUGACCCUGGUGCUUAUAAACUACUGGUCAACCUGCUCUCUGGGAUGUGACCUGCCUCAGACUCAUAACCUCAGCAACAAGGGAGCCUUGACACUCCUGGCACAAAUGAGGAGACUCUCCCCUCUCUCCUGUCUAAAGGACAGAAAGGACUUUGCAUUCCCUCUGGAGAAGGUGGAUGCCCAGCAGAUCCAGAAGGCCCAAGCCAUCCCUGUCCUGCAGGAGCUGACCCAGCAGGUCCUGUUCCUCUUCAGCUCAGAGGACUCAUAUUUUGCUUGGAAGACAACCCUCCUAGACACAUUCUGUACUGGCCUCCACCAGCAGCUCAAUGACCUCCAAGCCUGUUGUUUAAAGCAGGGAGGAUGUCAGGAAAUCCCACCCCUAGCAGAGGAGCUCUUCGGGGUGAAGGAGAUUCAGUUAUCCUCAGUAAUGGGAGCCAUGAGAGGUUGCACAUCGUCCACAAGGUGGCAGUGUACCCGUGCACAUUUGGCAGCAAUAAGUGAACUCAAGGUUAAAAACAAAAUAAUAAGGAAUAAAAUUGAGAGGAACUAG